CACAUGGCAACGCUCGGGUAGGUUGUUAUUACGGUUUCGGGGUUUAUUCCGUUUUUAAUUUCACCACUGAUCCACUCACUCACGUUGAAUGUAUUGAUUCAUCGCGGGUAUUUUUUUUUAUUUUCCCUGGCGAAGAUUUUCCUCCAAGUGCCAGAUACGUUUGUGCCUGUGCGGAGGCGGCUGCACCGAGUUUGCAUAUAGACCGGCAAUGAUUGCAAUGAAUGGCAUAAGCAGACUCACACGUUAAAGUGCCCAGUCCUUCUCUGAGGUUCCCUAGACUUCGACGCAGCCGACCAACCCGCCGUGUUACAGGUAUGAUGGCUUCCGACAGAUCAGGGCGAAUGCCAAGAGCAGCGCAGCGUGUCUGAAGCAAAUAGAUCUUAAAAUGAUUACCAUCACCGGGACCUUUGUGCAAGAUUUUGAGAGAACGGGCGAACUGUAUCCCAAAUCGAAUCGUCCCGCAUCAUAAAACGGUAAAUGGCAUGGGACAGGAUUGCUGAAAGGCGGAUGGGAUUAUUCAGAGAACAUAUAACGUAUUACAAUGGAUGCAAAAAGAACAAAAAACUUUCGGAAGUACAGCCUGCAACAAGCUGUUAAAAAUGCAGAGACCUUCAUUGAUAUUGACUUUGAGAGACGGUCACUCAAUAAAUAUUCAUUUACUGGUGGAGGAAGCUGCAUUGAUGAAAAAGUGAAGAAAUUGUUUUUGAGAGCAGGGCAAGCUCGGAGCAUUACAAGUGCCUCUGCACAAGGAGACAAGGGGGAUGAUCGGCAUGGACUUUGGAAUGUGCAGAGGUCUGUACGAAAAAGCAAGACCCAUGACUGUUUUCUAUCCAUGGUGCAAGAUGGUGAUCAUACUCAAGUGGAUAAACCCCAUGAAAGUAAGAUGAUAACAUCAGAUGAAAAACAUAAAGAUAGGAUUAUUAAUGCUGUAAAUUUCUCAGAAAUUGCUGUGCCCACUGGGCCUUUUGUUAUGAAUAGAUUGUGUGAAAGCAAGGCAAAAGCCCAAUCGAAACAUUCAGUAAUUGACCUUCCAAGUCCUUCCUCACAAUCACUUCCAUCAAUCACAAAAUGCAUAGCAAAUAGACGACUUUCACUGAGAAAACCCAAAAGAGGAUUCCGAGGCCUAUUUACAAUAAGAAGAAACAGGCAGGAAAAAGUACCUUUGAGAACAAAGGACAACAAAGCAGAUUCCAAAAUUUUCAGCAGUAAAGUGACAUUAAGACCCAACAAAAGUAUAUCCAGAAGUUCAAAGAUUUUAACUCAUGCUGGUGAUUCUUUAGCACAAUAUUUUACUGACAGUGACCCUCCCUCAGACUCAUCUUUUGAAUGUAGUAGCACACUCUGUGAGGAUGUUGCUUCUCUGAAGAGCUUUGAUUCCCUCACAGGUUGUGGGGAAAUCUUUGCUGAUGAGGAAACGACUGACCAGCUGGAGGCAGGUCACAAUUUAAAAAAUGCAACUGAAAAAUGUGAAGACAAACAGGCUCCUUCAGGUGAAUCUUUUCAAGGCGGAGGAGAACAACUUGCAUCACCGGGACAAACGGAUGGCUUGGAGCUGAAUGUAUUUUGGAAAAAUAUAAGCAACUCUGACGAAGUACGUGAAACAGUUCAGGAACCCACCAUCAAUGAAGAACCCAAACACUCCUUGGGACUCAAUGCUGAGGUUGAACAGUUAGCUCUUGCACCUUUAGAAUUUCAAAACGUCACAGAGAAAGAAGACGUUGAGGAAGCUGAAAAAAAUGUAGUUGCCUACGUGGAACUCGGAACACCACAGAGCGACCAUCAGGAAUCAACAUCAACCAGUGACGAAGGAUACUAUGAUUCAUUUUCUCCAGGGCACGAAGAGGAUGAAAGCAAACGUUCACAGAGUCCAUGUGUAAAUAGACAGUUUCCCAGAGACAGCUACAGUGGUGAUGCCCUCUAUGAACUUUUCUGUGAUCCAGAGGAGCCCAGGAUGAGUCCUAUCUUAGAUGAAGAAGGCUCCUCAUUGCAAAACAUUGUGGCUCAACCCCAAACUCCAUUGUCUAUGUAUAGUUUUUGUGUAGGAGCUGAAGAAAACAUGGCUCCAUCUCCUACUGUGGAUAUAAACUGUCACGAGUUCUUCCAAGGCAGUUGGAAAGGUAAAGAAUGCUUAUUAAAGCUGUGCGACACUGAACUUUCUUUGGCAAUGGGACUAGUAAACUGGCUUAGGCAAAAGACAGAAGUAAAUGAGUUUGGUUUGAACAUUCAAAAUAACACUGAGAAUCAUGACCAAACAAGAACAGACAUAAUCAAUUUAACAAAUAGGUCUGCUGCCCAUUCUGUUUCCCACAUUGAUGGAGUUCCAAAGGAGAGUGGGGUUAGCAAUUUUGCCAAAGCCACAUCAGUUAUACAGAAUGGAAAAUUCGAAAAUAAAAUGAAACUUAAUGAUCAAAAUGCAACAUCCUCAUUUGUUAUAUCAACGAACGAUGUUCAAUCAUCCAUUAACUUAAUGUCCAGGGGCAAUGAUUCUGAGCCCUCAGAGAAUAACCAUCGCUCUGCAAACAAAGUUAUCCCUGUAUUAACGAGAAAUGUGCUAUUGAAAUCUCCCCCUCAAGGAGAGUUGAACGAGACAUUGGAAACAGCACUAGAAAACACAACAACAUUGGAGCCCAUGAUCAUUGUGAAAAUCAGUAAAACUAUUCUUUGCCCAAAGUGUCGAAAAUCAGUAGAGUCCAAUCUUCCUGAAGUGAUGCUGUGUUCUUCUUGCUUUUCAGUUGUUGGAAAACGCAGCAUAUCUGAUGUAUUGAGCACUUAUGAUAAUAAAGAUUGCCAUUCAGGACCAAAUAAGGAUGAUCAGUACAAUUCCAGCAAACCAAGGCAACAGGAUACAGACCAUUAUGUGUCUCAGCUGCUGGAGGACUGUAUUAGAAAUGUUGCAUCCUUGAAAAUCAAUACUGGUGAGACUAGGCAGUUCGGUAAGGAAGCUACCAUUGAGGACUGCCUAUUUGAACUUGGUUUGCAAGCCGAUCAACAACACAAAGAAAGAAAAAAUAUUGGACGAUCUGAAAACAAUUUGAAUCACAACGGAAGAACUCAGAAAACAAAUGAAGCCACAAAUAAUUGUGCACAGGACAGUACCAGGAAGACAAAGGAAAAUGUUUCUGCUUUAAGCCCUGGGUUUAAUGGACUGGAAUCAAUUCAAAAAAUUAAGAUACCGGCAAGUUCAGAUACGCAUCAGCCUACAUCCUUGAUUAGAGAAGCCAAAGAGAAAGCUGUGUUAAGAAAAUCAAUGCAGUGCAGCAAUAGUAUUGUUUUAAACUCUGACGAUGCAUGGUCUCUCUCUCAGGAUGCAGCUGAUGAAUUACAGUAUGAAAUUAUUUGUGAUGGAAACACGAAAGCCACAUGUCCUAAGAGGAAAGGGUGCAGCUCAAAUGUCAGUGAAAGUGCUUUUACAUCUUCUCGACCUUCCUGCUUGCCUCUUUCAAAAUCUGUUUGCUCCAGUCUCCAAAGAGGUUCUCUCCAAGUAGAAAACCCCAAACGUUGUAAGAAAUCUUUCUCUCAUCAUGGCGGUCUUUGUUUCACCUCAUCUCCCAGCUCGUCUUCUCUUCAGCCAACCUCUAGAGACGAGGCACUUGCAUCGCAGGGUAUAUGUGGCCACAUCAGCACUCAAGAAGAUGGCAAUCACAAAGAAAGAGAGAAAUCUGAGAAGAUCAAACAAUGACUGAACCACUGGUCUUCACCCUCUGCGGACAAAGGAAGCGGAGAGAACCACGUUCAUCACUGACCACAAGGGAGAAGACAGCAACGAGAUUGUACUGUGCUGCCAUAAUAAACGUUCUCUUCUCUUGCAAGAUGAGUCCUCAACACUGGCCUCUCAGCUCAACAUCAUUGGGAAUGCUCCACACCUUCCAGGCAAGCUAUGCUGUGAGAGCCACAUAUCUGGAACGAUUACCCACAGCAUCUGGCUUUGGCUGAGAAUAACAACAACUAUAAUUAAAUGCAUGAGUCAACUGAAAGGACUCAAUUCAACUCUGGGCAUCUGAUACGAUGUCAGAGAUCAACUUUCAUCCUCUGUUACUGGAAGAUACUGGCUCAUCUAUUAGUUUGGAUAUUAGGUUAUGAUUGCGUAUAAUUACAUUGUACAUCUCACAACAAUUUAAGAAACUAACAUUUAUGUUUCUCAGAAAGAGUAUAGUGGUUCUACCACACUUUUACAGUCAUUUGAAUCCUCUUUUUGGUUGUUUUAGCACAAUGGUGCCUGCACUCUGAAACACAAACUUGUUUCCCUUAUCUAUCAUUUCUGCAGCAUUGUUUCAUUUUUUUCAUCUGACAAAAACCCUCAACAAAAUCCAGAAAACUGCUUUUUCCUAAAAUAAAGGUGUCCUUACGCUGAGACAGAAGAUUACAGUGUAGUUGCACAAGUGCCAGCCAAUGAUUUUACAUAUCCCUACAGCUGUCUUUCCCAUGCAUUGACUUCUGUAAUAUAAAGAAAACUUGGCUUCAUUUUAUUGACAUUAAAAUUGAAUUAUCUUUCUCCCUGAAAGCAGUGGCUGCAAAAUAAUCAAACAUGUUUCAUGUUUCAUGGCUGAUUUGUUCUAUAGCUCCAUUAAUUAUUGAUUGUAUUCUUCAUUAUUUCAAUUGGCAUCCAUAAUCUUUGGGGGAAAAAGUAAGAUCUAGAUCUUCAGAACCCAUAUGUGAAAACGUAUUUCCUAAUUUCACUCCUACUCGACCUCAAGGAUCAUAUUAUGAAUUGCCCAUGAAAAUGAUGUUUCACUCUGCAGUAUUUUUUGUUUAAUCUUCUUCUUCUUCGAGUCCGUUGCAAUCUCAGAUGACGUUCUGCCAGUAUCUGGCGCAGGUCACAGCUGGUCGGGUACCGGUUCAGCCAGGUCCUGGGGGCUGCACUGGGGGGCGUCGUCACACUCCAGUAGGUGGGACAUUGUCUGUACUGCUCCCAGUACAGACAAUUUUGUUUAAUAAGAAACAGUGAGGUACAAACUUAAAGGGAUUAAAAGGAUCAACACUUGAUGAUCUAAAGUGGAAUGCAAAGGCCGUGAUGGCUGCUAUUAACUGGCACUGUUAUUGGGUGCUCUCAUGUCUACAGGAGUGACAAAUAUAUGCUAUGUAAUCUUUUCAUUUUGGUUUGGCGCAUGGCUUUUUGGAAUGUACACAAACUGGUGAUUGACUGACACCUUCUUGUAAAUAAACCAUUGAAAUUAGGUCAAUUUUGCUAAGUGCAGGGUUGGCUUUUUUCCAACGUGACAUUUGCCAAAAAGGUCCUGGUGGCAAUGGUCACCACAAACCUAUAUUUGUCCAACAAAUUCUUUUGUCCUCAUUUCCACCUUAUAUUUGUAAAGAGGUCAAAAUACUUGAUAUAAUUCUCACUUGAUCUUAAGGGGCCGAAUUAAAUGAAUUAAUUUUUAAUUGAAAUAUUUUCAUAUUGAUUUUCAGAAUAAAGUCAAGCAUUCUGGUUAAUUAGGAAUGGGAGACCAAACAUUAUUUUUACAUUGGAAUCAUUCCUUUGUAGUAAGCUUCAGAAAACAGAAAUAUUUGAUUUGGUUCUAAUGCCAGCAAGAUGGUGAAUGUUUAACGCUGUGCAAGUCAGUAACCAUUUGAUUGUUAAAGACUCCAAACCUUUAUUGAGGUAGUGGGUUCAAAUCCGGGUUCGGAAAUGUGAACACAUAGACCAGGGCUGCAUGUUGGUGUGGUCCUGAGGAAGUUCAUUUCAAAUGGAGGUGCCAUCUUUCAGACUGUAGCUCCUCUUUCUACUUAUAAAAAUGUAAAAGAUCCCAUGAAACAAAUUUGAUAGAAACCCCAAGAGUUCUUACCAUUGAAACACUCAAUAUAAUAUUCCUUAACUGGUUAAUAUCACCUUGCUGUUUGUGGGACCCUGUCUGUUCAAACGCGCUGCUAUGACUCCAACAGUUCGGCAGUGACUGCAGUUCAUUAGCUGUAAAGCACUUAAAGAGCUGGGGAGAUUUACAAAUAGAAGUUUACUUUCUGUUGGCAAGCUGAAGAGGCAGAAACAUUGAAAUAUAAUUAACAAUGCCAUUUCAACUUAAAUAUAUAUUUUCUGGGAAGAUUUACAGAUGGAAGAGACUGGGUUAAGAAAAAAUAUUCAGGCAACUUUCAGUUCUUAGAACUUGAUGCUCAUGUGAAUAUUUCUGUGUGCAGCUCAUCACUAAACAAACUGCUUUAUGGAUCGGUUCCAAUGAAACCACUGAAUGGACUAUUUUAUCUUCUUCAGGGCAUUUUGCUUGAGGACUGGGUAAUGAAGGAUUAAUUCUGCAAUGCUUUAUUUCCAUCGCAGACUAUCACUGGAUAGAAAUGCUUGCAGCAAAGCCAGUCUCAUCUCUAGUUCAUGUUGCCAUUGAACAAGCAUCAUAAGAGUGCACCUCAUGUAUUUAUCUGUAAUUAACUUGCUACUUGGUACUGAAAAAAGAAAAGAAAUACUUGAAUUAAAGUGGUGCUUUUCACUAUCAGAAUAUCCCAAAGUGCUUUGCAGCAAUGAAGUGUGAUCACGAUAGUAAUUUAAGAACAGUAACAAUCCAAUUUACCACAACAAGUUUUGACACUCAGUAAAGUAUUUCUCUAUUUCACUUACAAUCACCAUCUUCUCUCCAUCUUCCUUGUCUCAAUUCUCACUUCACCUGUUUCUUGAUCUUCUCAUUCUGUCUCUCACUAUUUUUUAAACUUUGCUUCUCUCACUCAUUCCAGCUUCUUGGAGAUUAUUUUUCACUCUCACUUGUGGUUUAAAAUGGAGUUCAAACUCCAAGCUGAACACAUGGAUAAGUUGCAACCAGAAGAGUGUGCAACAGGGGAAAAAUAAUAUUAUGUUUGCAGAUUUAAAGAGAGUUCCUUUUCCAGACAUGCUCCUAUCCUACAUCUGCUGGAAAUUAAGUACUUUAAACAAUACCAUUAACCUCUUGGAAAAGAUCCAUGCAGUUUCCAUGAAAACCUCAGCGAAUGGACUGCUAGAUAAUUUUUAUUUUUCAAGUAUGACGGCAGAUUAAAAUAUUCUUGCCACAUAUUCCUAAGGCAGAGACGGUCUGGCAGUACAACACAGAGCAAAGUGGUAGCAUGGAACAUGGCAUAUCAUAUCUUGUGUACAUUGCCCACAUUAUGCUAGGUUAAAAUGUGCAGAAUGGUCAGACCCUAUGGGAUUAUUUUGUUUCCAUAUGACUAUGGUUUGAGGUUAACUAUAUUUUGCCCAUUCCAUCCCAGUUUAUAAGAUAAAUUACUGCCCUUCAAAUUAUUGUUGGCCACCAUGCACCCAUGCACAGACAGUUUCCCACUGUUGCCAGUGACAAACUGAGGCAGAAGGUUGAUUUAAGAUUUGCAAGGCCAUGGAAGACUAUCUUCUGUCAGGACUAGGGUACUUGCAACAUAGUUUAAAAUAUAGCUUACUUUCAAUGCAAAAGUUUGCAAACGAACCUCGGAAUGCCAGAGAAUGGAAAAUUGUAAUACCAUAAUGGCAUCAAUGGUGAAUAUGUUCACCCACAAUCAAUUUUGGCAGCUGUUUGUCAACAUAUAGAGCAGUGUUACAAUUAAUCACAGGGUACCGAGGCUGUAGAUAAAUACAUACCCCUUGGUUUUACACAUGGUUUUGUACAUGAUUUUGGAGAACUAAUAUUGAGUUGAGUCAGGCUAUCAUGGACUGGACCACACUUCUCUGCCAGGCAUUUUGAUAAGUCAAAUAAUAUGUGUGCAAUACAGGUCUACAAGAAAGUUUUAAAUGAGAAUGGAACAUUUUUAGAGAGCAUGAAUUUUGUUGUACAUUAAUUCAAAUGCUUGAACGCCAAUUUUAUUUUGUGCUGUUGUGCUUUGCUCUUUUAAGUGAAUUUUAGAAAUCUUGCAGAUUUAGAAUAUACAAAUUGAACUUUGUAUUCAUGGAAUCUUCAUUGUGUUUUGUUUCAAUUACUUUUCCAAAGAUAUCUGACGAUGUGGUCUAGACCUUUUCUUGAAAAUUGGCUUAAAGACAUUUUUUUUCAAGGUGUGAUGUCCCCUUUGAGUAUUUGUGUACAAUGUAUUGAUGUUGUGCACAUGUGAUUGGUAUAUUUGUUGAUUCAAAAAGUUGGGACCAAGGUAUCAUUUUUGUAUAAUUGCACAAUGUACAGCUUUGUAAAUGACUGUCCUGAUAAGACAAAAUAACCUGCAUACAAUUCAGAGUCACAAUGGGUGUGUCGGUGAAGCAGACUCAUCUUAUUCUAAAAUAUUGGCAGUGACAAGUAAGAGUAUCCAUUUAGUCUAUCCAAUGGUUCCAAUAUCGGUAAGAAAGCCCUCUUUUUACAUUAACAGUGCAAUAUGUUUUUAGAGGACUAUUCUGAAAAGCAAAGACCUAAUCAGAGUAUGGAUAGCACCAGUGGGGGCAGUGAUUCUGUCGAGUAACAAAGCAUGAUUUUGCAUUUGCAAUUUACAGCACUUUGCACGGACAUCUUCCGCAAAUUGGAAUUGUUUGAACUCAAAAGUGGACAAUGGAGGCCUUGAUCUCAUUGCUGCCUGAUGGAGCAGCGACAGGAUGACUCAUUGAGAAAAAGGCGGAGUGUCUGAUUAACAAUCUGCACAGCGAUAUAUUCUUCCUCUGUUCAUUUUAUUUAAUGAUUACAAUAGGAAAGGUGUGGAGGGCUAAAAAGAUGGAAGAUGCUUGGUUUGCACUGCCUUUUAAUUUUAAGACUGAUUUGGGAAAUAUUCCACUAACACUGUGACAAUUGUGAAAGGAAUGUCUGAUAGCAAAUGCCUUAUCAUGAAAUACUGAUCUACUUUAGAAAUCCACCUUUUAUAUUUAACAUUAAAAUUGUGUGUUCAUGGCUGACUUUUCACAAACAACCUGAAGUGCACUCUUUGCACAGCAGUUUAAAUGAAAAAAAAUCAUGGCUUUAACAUCAGCUUAAACUGAUCAUGAAUUUCACAGCCGACAUCACGAAUGGUACCAACACCAUCAGGUUAGAUAAAUUAUCUCCUGGUGAUGAUUGUUUUUUUUUUUUAAUGUUUAUAUUUUGAGUUAUUGCAGAAUUGCAAUUUGAAAAAUUGCUCAGUGGUUCAGUAUAGUUUUACCAACCCUCCUUUCAGAUGUAAACUUGUUUGUUCUGGCUAAGGCUGCUAUCCCACCCAAACUCCACACUGCUCCCUUCGCCUGCACCCCAUGCAAUAUUCUCAUACCACAAGAAUACUAUUCACCUCGAUAUUAGAUAUAACAGAGAAAGCAAACUUUUGGAAUGUAUAUUCAAUGAGUUGUUUUUGUACCGUAACUGGAUGUUUUAGUAACUAAAUUAAUAUUUCAGACUUUCAUUGAAACUUUGGUAAAAUGGUUAAUGGCUUUCAUAAAAUUUUAUCUGAAACAGUUAUUUGAUAUGGCUGUGAUUUUACUCUUUUUUUAUUUGAUGAAUGUCAAGUUAUUUCUGCAACUGGGAAAUAUGCAUGUACAACAUGUUUUAGAAUACUUUUAAGUAAACAGUAAAUAUAACAGAGAUGUGUCGUGCUUCCUGUUUGUGUUGGGGAGGACAGGUUUAGCAAACCAACCAAGGCUAUUUUAUAGAUCCACUGCCAUGAAAUGCUUUGUUUUUGGCUGGCCUGUGAGUGAUGCCAAGGAAUGUGGAAAAGUCCAACAGCAAUCUUCAUAGGACUCCUUACGGAGUUUCCAAUAUGGACGCAAUGGGCAUAUCCUAUGCAGCAUCUGAUGUCCAAUGUCCCAGCUUCUGUCCCAAUAUGCCUUGACAAAGAGCCCAAAGCACAGAGUCCAUGUACAUUUUCACUAAUUAUAUAGGAUAUGUCUUGUAUGCACAAUGCAUGUGCACUAUCAGCUGGUAUGGCACAGGUAGUUUAAAAACGCAGUAGCUAUGAAAUUAAACCCUGUGGUAUCUUCUGUUUCAGCUUACGGUGUUAAUUUAGUUUCAUAUUCAUGUCUGUUGUGCAUAGAAUAUAGUACAGUACAGGAACAGGCCCUUCAGCCCACAAAGUCUGUGCUGAACAUGAUGCUGAACUAAUACCUUGCUAAACUAAUUUCAUCUGCCUACACAUGAUCCAUGCACCUCCAUUUCCUGCAAAUCAGCAUGGAUAUUUAAAAGCCUCUCAAACACCCUAUUGUACCUGGCUGUAUCCUGCUGUAUACUUUGGCAGCCUUUUUCACAGUCCAUAACCCCAGCAAUAGACUCAUAGAAUCAUAUAGCAUGAAGCAGACCUUUGGCCCAAUUUGCCUAUGCCGGCCAGGAUGCCCAUCUACCCUGGUCCCACCUGCCCACAUUUAGCCCACAUCCCUCUAAAUCCUUUCCUAUCCAGGUAUCUGUCCAAGUGACUUUUAACUGUUGUUAUAGUACUUGACUCAACUGCCUCCUGUGGCAGCAAUUUCCAUAUGCCCACUGUGUGAAAAAGUUGCCCCUCAGGUUCCUAUUAAAUCUUUCCCCUCUCAGCAAUCUUGUUGUUGAUGAACAUAUUUUUUACACAUCUCACUCUGACUGGCACCAUGGGAAGGAUGAUGGCAUAAACAACAUACAUACAUGCUGACUACACAGCCCAAUCCUCUUGUCCUGAUGAUUUGACGCUAUGCAUGGGGAUUCCAUCAAUUACCAUCAAUUGAUAUCAAUCAAUUAGAUCAAUAUUGUAUAUAUCAAUCCAAAUAUAGGAUUUCAUAAGAUCAUGUGAUAGGAGCAGAAUUAGGUCAUUUGGUCCAUCAAGUCUACUCCGCCAUUCAAUCAUAGCUGAUCUAUCAUAUAACCAUAUAACAAUUACAGCACGGAAACAGGCCAUCUCGGCCCUACAAGUCUGUGCCGAACAACUUUUUUUCCCUUAGUCCCACCUGCCUGCACUCAUACCAUAACUCUCCAUUCCCUUCUCAUCCAUAUGCCUAUCCAAUUUAUUUUUAAAUGAAACCAACAAACCUGCCUCCACCACUUCCACUGGAAGCUCAUUCCACACCGCUACCACUCUCUGAGUAAAGAAGUUCCCCCUCAUGUUACCCCUAAACUUCUGUCCCUUAAUUCUCAAGUCAUGUCCUCUUGUUUGAAUCUUCCCUAUUCUCAAAGGGAAAAGCCUGUCCACAUCAACUCUGUCUAUCCCUCUCAUCAUUUUAAAGACCUCUAUCAAGUUCCCCCUUAACCUUCUGCGCUCCAGAGAAUAAAGUCCUAACUUAUUCAACCUAUCUCUGUAACUUAGUUGUUGAAACCCAGGCAACAUUCUAGUAAAUCUCCUCUGUACUCUCUCUAUUUUGUUGACAUCCUUCCUAUAAUUUGGCGACCAAAAUUGUACACCAUACUCCAGAUUUGGCCUCACCAAUGCCUUGUACAAUUUUAACAUUACAUCCCAGCUUCUAUACUCAUAUUCUAUCUCUCCCUCCUAACCCCAUUCUCCUGUCCUCUCCCCAUAACAUCUGACACUCAUACAAAUCAAGAAUCUAUCUAUCUCUGCCUUAAAUAUAUCCACUGACUUUGCCUCCAUCGUCUUCUGUGGCAAAGAAUUCCACAGAUUCACCACCCAAAGAAAUUCCUUCUCAUCUCCUUACUAAAAGAAUGUUAUUUAAUUCUGAGGCUGUGACCUCUAGUCUUAAACUCUCCCACUAGUGGAAUCAUCCUCUACACAUCCACUCUAUCCAUGUCUUUCACUAUUCUGUACGUAUCAAUGAGGUUCCUCCUCAUUCUUCUAAACUCCAGCGAGUACAGGCCCAGUGCUGUCAAACGCUCAUCAUAUGUUAACCUACUCAUUCCUGGGAUCAUUCUUGCAAACCUCCUCUGGACCCUCUCAAGUUUGAAAAACUUCCACUUCCCACAAUUAUUAUAUUUAACAGGUUCAUGCCUAGCUUUCAGAUUUAGUCACAGCACAGAAACAAGCCAUUACGUCCCCAGCUCACACUGACCUCAUGCACACUUACACUAAUCCAAUGUGAAUCCCUUUUUAGAAUUUUCCCCACAUUCGCUUCAACGCCUCAAGAUUUUACCAUUCAUUUGCACUUGAGGGGCAAUUUACAAUGGCCAAUUAACUUUACACUGUGCCUUUGGAACCUGGGGAAAAAACCAGAGCAAGUGGAAGAUGCUCAUGUGGUCAGGGAAAAUAUACAAACUUAGCACAGAGUGAACCUGAGGUCAGGAUUGAGCCCAUGCAACUGGAGUUAUGAUGUAACAUUUGCUGACCCACUUUGCAGCACUUGUUGGUGAAAGUGAAGGGAAAGUGCUGCAGGUGUUUGUGCUUUGAACGAGUAAGAAACAUUUCUGGAGUCUUCAGGGAUUGGUAUUGAAGAGGCCUGGAUUCUUUUAUAACUAUGGUAUUUUAUUACAACUGGUUGUUGCUAACCGUUAGGUUCAAUGGUCGACAUUCCUCAGGAACUUCAGCAUACAGGACAAGAGAAGUGUUUCCACUGAGAAGAGCACCCUGCCAGUGUAAAUAUGCUCUUCUCAAGCUUACCCCCUAGUCUAGUUCAGUCAAAAACCACUGAGUCAAGCACUGGAACAACUAAUCUUUAUUUUUAGAUUGAACAGCAAAUUCCCCUAUACGAUACCUAAACCACCGCGGGUUCGAUCCUUGCAUCUGCCUGACCAAGCCCUUCAUCUUGAUGUAAGAUGGAGCCACCUUUUAUACGCCCACGAACUUUGAUGGGCCAAACUUCAUAGGGGUGGUCCCUUUACAAUCCAAUCAAACAUAUUAAUU